AGGUAUGUUAGUAUGUACGGUACGAUGCACGCAAAUGUCACAAUAAGCGUGCCGGGAGGACUCUUUCAGAGGCGACGAUAAAAAUUGAGCGAUAAUCAGUUCGAUUUGUCAGUGGCGAGCGGGUUGUGAAAGUUAAAGUUCACCCGAGAAUCGACACAUAUAUAUAUCAGUCAACGUACACCAAGCGUCACCAUAAUACACAGACGUCGCUCCGUUCUGGCCGAAUGUCAUAAAGGUUAUGGCUCUGACGAUUUAUGUAUUUUAAAUACCUGCGUCCCUUACGUUCCGUCAAAUAUUUACAAUGGUGUCAACGCGAGGGCCGAAAUUCAAAUUCUCCGACGGGGAGAAGGUAUUGUGCUACGAGCCGGAUCCGACGAAGGCGAAGGUGCUGUACGACUCGAAGGUGCUCGAUGUCAUUGUAAAUAAAGACCAAAGGGGCAGAAAAGCGGUGGAGUACCUCAUACACUUCCAGGGUUGGAAUUCGUCUUGGGACCGUUGCGUGACAGAGGAAUAUGUGCUCAAGGAUACGGAGGAGAAUCGCCAACUUCAGCGGGAUCUAGCGCAAAAAGCGCAGCUUCAGCUGGGAGCUUAUUUGUAUCGCCGCGAACGCAAGAAGAGAAGUCACAAGAUGUCGGAGCGUUUGACCGAAACGGAACAUCAAGAGCCCCGCCGUAGGGCGAGAAGCGGCGGCAGCCGUGCCACGUCGGCUACGACCGGAUCAUCCGAGGACGGCAGUUCGGGCCAGCACGCUGAUUACGAUACGGAGGAAGUGAACACGGAAGAAGAUACAGAGAGCAGUUCUGAUUAUAUGGGCGAAACGAGCGACGAUGAAGACAGCGGCGGUGGCAGCCAGUCUGGAGCCAGCGUAAAACCAGGGGUCGAUCUUGACAUAGGUAGCACAUUAAAACGGAUUUUAGAGCAGGAUUAUGACCUGAUAACUAAUAAAAAUAAGCUCGUUGUACUUCCCGCGCAACCUACUGUGAUAAAUAUUCUGGAAUCCUGGGUGCAGCAUUUCACUACGACGCAGCUGACGAAUAUUCCAGAGAAGCCGCAGCGGAAUAAAACGAAUAAUACAGUAGAGAAAACAUUGAAUGAAGUGAACCUAUGCAGAGAAGUCGCGGACGGCUUGCGCGUAUACUUCGAUUUCACGUUACCUCAUAUCCUGCUGUACAGGCAGGAAAGCGAGCAGUAUUCCUCGCUGAAAUCUUCCCUGUUAAGCAACGAACAAACGACCGCGGCCCCAAAGGAGGACUCGAUUGAAAAUUUAGAAAUAUCCGCGAAAGACGAAUUCGAGGAUACGGAAUACGCUCAUUUGCCACCCUUUCAAGAGCACGAGUUGGAGGUGGACAAGCCGUCGAACAAUUCCAAGCGAAGAUUGCGAUCGUGUCGCGUGAGCUCGGUCGACGAGAGCCGACAAUUGAGGUCCUACGACGAAGUCAAGCAGGACGGUGGCAAUUUGUCGAGUAGCAUAGCAAGUACAAGUUCCCGUUGUUCUAGCCCGCGAGGUGUAACGCUAAGAAUGCCGCCUGUUGUUACAUCCGCUCAAGUAAACAGUUUACUUCAACAGUCAAAUAAGUGGAGGUUAAUGCCUCAGGUGCCGAGGCAAAUUGAAAUUCCAAGUCCCUCCACUUACUACGGUGCCAUUCACUUAACUAGAUUAUUUGUUAAGUUACCUGAGUUACUGCAGUCCGCGGAUAUAUCAAGCAAAAAAUUGAAAGUACUUUUGAAAUAUUUAGAUAUGUUUUUAAGUUACCUGGAAAUGCACAGGGAGUGGUUCGGAGAACAAUUCUACAUGCAAGUGGAAAAUCGAACAAUAUUGCAAACUAGCAACGUUUAACAGUAUUUUACGUUCAUUAUGUAUAAAUUAUAUAUGUAUACAAUAUAUAUAUAUAUAUAAUCAUAUAUAG